AUGUCAGGGCAAGACGAGUGGGAGAACAUCGAGGAAUCUUCGUCUGCUGAGGAAUCAUCUUUUACCUCUCAAAGUCUCUGCGCAUCUAACUCAUUACCUGAAGAAAUUAAUGAGGAAAUUUCAAACGAAACCGACGUGACAAAAAAUUCUUCAACAGAAAUUUUACAAAAAUGGGGAUUGGUUCAGUAUAUGAAAUCGGAUGAAAUAUCUAGGGUUAAACAUGUUUAUACAACAAAUAGUAUAUGGAUGCUCGGGGUGGAAUAUCGAUUUACAGAGAAUACUGGAUCUGUUAGUCUUCCAAAAUCAGAACAUUCUCGAGGCGGUAGGGCUUCAUCCUUAUUUAAUUUAGUGUUUGGAUCGGAAGAAGAUAACGACACACGUUCGCAUGAUCGGUACUAUAGCGAUGAUUAUAUAAGAUCUCAAAAGUCGCAUUUACCAUCACAGAAUGUGACUGAAACACAAAAAGGAAAAUUAAUUCCACCAUCAAACGGAUCUAACAAUGUAAUACAGCGAUUAAGGACAUUAUCUUUUUCCCGUAAAUCUUCCCCACCGGACCAACAAGUGCCACCCGUUUCUCAAUCAACAUCAAAUGUUUCAACCGGUUUACUAAGUCCUUAUUCUCGCCUAGGCGGGAAAAGAGUGCGAUCAUUUUCAUUCAGUAAAAGACCUGAAACAUUUGGUACUUUACAACCAGAACAAAAUUCCGCACAAUUAUCUGAUCUGCAAGCGAACAAUAAUAUCCGAGCAGAGGGAUCAUUGAAUACACAGCAUUUUUUGCGAAGUACGGUUUCAGCCUCAUCCUUGAAUCAUAAUAGCGAGUUCGCAGGUCACACCACGCAGAAUAAUUACCAUCAGGAAGGGCUUACACCGAAACCACCAAAAAGAACACGUAGGAUGACGUUCACUGGAUUUUUCUCCGGUAAAAAUAAAUCUGGCAGUUCCUUACCAUCAUCACAAAGACUUUCUCCACAUCUGGAAAAAAGGGAAUUGGAUCAAAGACAUUCUGCAACUGAUGCAAUAUUUGACAUAGGAGAUGAUGGAAUGGAUUCAUUAAUGAGAUAUAAGGAAGACGUUCUUCCCGAGGAUAUAGUCUAUAGUUCGGAAGACGAGGUUCAAGACAAUGUUUCAGUGGAAACUGUAACCCGAGAUUCAAUGAAGAAAAAUGAUAAUUUAUCAAAAUUUGAAAUUAUUAAAGACAUUAGUAUUAAUAUUAUUGAAGAUGAUUCGAACGACAAUCAAUCUCAACAAACAGGCGCCAAUAGGAGGAUAUCAGACGCUGGUUCAAUAAGGUCAACAGGAUCUUUUAAAUUAUCAGCACCUACUAGUCUAUAUAAUUCAGAUUCACUUAGUUCACUGACACAAAAUCAAAAAACAUUGAUGAACUUCAUUCUGGAUUUUCAAUCAAGGAUUUAUUGUUGUUAUCGUAAGGAAUUUCCGCCAAUUGAACCUGCCUAUCAAACCACUGAUACAGGUUGGGGUUGUAUGCAUAGGACUGGUCAGAGCUUGUUAGCACAGGGAUUUUUGUGGGUUCUUUUGGGGAGAGACUGGCGGGUACACAAUAAUCAAACGGAUUCUGAUUUAUUAAUAUAUCGAAAGAUUUUGCGUUGGUUCAUGGAUAGUCCAAUGCCGGAACAAUAUUAUUCGAUCCAUAGCAUCGCGCGCGUCGGGAUCUCAUUGGAUAAAAAGAUUGGUGAAUGGUUUGGACCAGCCACAAUUGCGCAUGCCUUGAAUUUUGACGAAAAUGAAUUUAAUUAUAUCUACUUCAGGAGGUUGUCGCUGGCUCAUAAAGAAUGUCCGCUGGUUAUUUACGUCCCAACCGACAAUACAAUCUAUAAAAGCGAUAUUCUCGACUCAGCUUUAGGAAAUUAUGAUCCAAAUAAUUUAUUUUUUGAUCAAAAACAAUGGAAACCGGUACUCAUAUUACUUUCCGUUAGGUUGGGCACAGACAAAUUCAAUACAAGUUAUUCAGAAAAUUUGAAGAAAUUGUUUAAGUUACCUCAAUUCUUGGGAAUUGCGGGUGGAAGGCCUGGAAGAUCAUUGUAUUUCGUGGGUGUUCAAGACGAUGAACUUUUUUAUCUCGAUCCCCAUUUUGUCCGUCCUGCUAUAAACCUCAACAAUAUCACGGAGUUCCCUGUUGAGGAUUACCAUUCAACCAUUGUUCGUGCAAUGGAUGUUUCUGAAAUGGAUCCAUCAAUGCUUCUAGGAUUUUUGUGUCAAAGCUCUCAAGACUUUGAUAAUCUUUGUGAGCGAAUCAACAAGGAAAUGGACGCCCAAUUCCCAAUUUUAACGAUAUUGAAUGCAUGUCCAGUGCGUCAUCCCUGGAAAGAUGCUAUAUCCUCGAGUGAACUAUUGCCACACGAUAAAUUCAUAAAUGAAAGGUCUCCUAGAAUUAUUUUUGAUGAAGUUGAAGAUGAUGAUAUUGAAGAUUUGAAGGAAUUAGCUUCACACGAAGAUGACAGUGGAGUUAUUGACGUUGAUGGAGAUGAUGAAAUAUUCAAAACUCAAGUUGAGAGUAAUAAUAAUACGCAUGUUCGACGUGAAUCUAUACUCGGUGAAGAAAACUACGAACUUUUAUAA